UUUCCAACUCUAAGGCUCUCUUAUACUACCUGUAACUACACACAAAAAUGGCUCCAAAAGGAAAGAAGGUCGCUCCAGCUCCAUUAGCUAACAAGUCUAAGACUGUCUCUGCCAAGAACCCAUUGGUUGACGCUACCCCAAAGAACUUUGGUAUCGGUCAAGCCGUCCAACCAAAGAGAAACUUGUCCAGAUUCGUCAAAUGGCCAGAAUACGUUAGAUUGCAAAGACAAAAGAAGAUCUUGUCUUUGAGAUUGAAGGUUCCUCCAGCAAUUGCUCAAUUCCAAAACACUUUGGACAGAAACACUGCUGCUCAAACCUUGAAGUUGUUCAACAAGUACAGACCAGAAACCUCUGCUGAAAAGAAGGAAAGAUUGACCAAGGAAGCCGCUGCUGUUGCCGAAGGUAAGUCUGCUAAGGAUGCUUCUCCAAAGCCAGUCGUUGUCAAGUACGGUUUGAACCACGUUGUCUCCUUGAUUGAAAACAAGAAGGCUAAGUUGGUCUUGAUCGCUAACGACGUUGACCCAAUUGAAUUGGUUGUUUUCUUGCCAGCUCUUUGUAGAAAGAUGGGUGUUCCAUACGCCAUUGUGAAGGGUAAGGCUAGAUUGGGAACUUUAGUUCACAAGAAGACCUCUUCCGUUGCUGCUUUGACCGAAGUUGCUUCUGAAGAUGAAUCUGAAUUGGCCAAGUUGAUCUCUACCAUCAACUCUAACUUCAUUGAAAAGUACGAAGACUCCAGAAGACACUGGGGUGGUGGUAUCAUGGGUUCUAAGUCCAACGAAAGAGUUGCCAAGAGAGCUAAGACCAUGGAUGUUACCAAGGCUUAAAUAGCG